AUGGCGGAGUUGAAGCUGAACCCAAUGAUCAGCAAAAUGGACGAGUCCUACACUGUUGCAAUCUUUAGCAAGGUGUCAAACAUGAAGAGCCGUGGUGAGAAAGUGAACGGAGCUCUUUGCGUUGGCCAGCCCGACUUUGCGCCACCACCAGAAGCGAUCAAAGCCACCCAAGAAGCCGCUGUGCAGGGCCUCACAGCCUACACAGCAGUGUCAGGAACCUUGGAGCUUCGGCAGGCGAUCUCCGAAUACCUGGAGAAGUAUAAGAAGGUCAAGUACAGCACGGAUGAAAUAUUGGUGGCUUGCGGAGGCAAGCAAGCGAUCUACCAAUCAAUGAUGGCCCUAUGCCAGGAAGGGGAUGAGGUGAUUGUGCCCGCGCCGUACUGGACAUCAUACCCGGACAUUGUAAAGCUGUCUGGGGCCACUCCGGUGAUAUUGGAGACAAUUGCAUCGCAAGGCUAUGCGAUUGAUGCAGCAAAGCUGGCCACAGCGAUUACUCCGAGGACCCGGAUGCUUAUUGUGUGUAAUCCUUCAAAUCCAACAGGCUGUGCUAUGUCACCAGAUCAGCUUGACGCGAUCGCUGGUGUGCUACGGCGCCCAGAGAAUCAACACGUCCUUGUUCUUUCAGAUGAAAUCUACGAACGUAUUUGUUAUGAUGGUUUGGAACAUGCUUCCUUUGCUGUUCUUAAGGACAUGUGGAAUCGCACACUGACCAUAAAUGGAUUCUCGAAAGCGUUCUCGAUGACAGGCUACCGCCUGGGGUACCUUGCUGCUCCGAAAGAAAUUGUAAAAGCAGCUUCAAAGUUGCAAUCACAGAUAACUUCUUGUGCUUCAAGCAUUGGUCAGCAUGCUGGCAUUGCUGCGCUCAAUUGCGAUAUGAGCUAUAUCGACGCGAAGGUCAGAGAACUACAAGAGAAGCGCGACCUUGCCCUCAACCUCCUUGCCAAGAUACCAGAUGUGAACUGCCCGAAGCCCUGCGGUGCAUUUUAUUUGUUCCCGGACAUAUCUGCCUAUUUGGGAAGGAGAACGCCUGAGGAUGAAACUAUAGAGGAUGGUGUCCAGCUUUGCCUCUACUUGCUACAGAAGCGCCACCUCUUAUGA